ACGACAUUUGACCUAGCGGUCAUCGAACUUUGAUCGUCUCGUUUUACUCCUUGAUAAAGGCUGGCGGUGUAGUGUUGUGGGCGUUUGCGUGUUCUAGUCUCAUCUUGUAAAUGUGACAUUAUGAAAAAGAAACGGUCAGUGGCGACUGAAUUAGUUUCACGGGCUUCAUCUGUCCUACCAGCAUUUACAGAUAUCUUUGAUGAGGAGACAUUCUACAUCUUUUUCGCUUGCCUUGUUGUCGUCUCUUUCGUUGUAGCCUUUGGUGUUGCUUGGUAUUUUGAUGUGACAAUUAAAGAUGCAGAUGAUGCAAUGAAGACGAAUAAAAGAUCGAAACGCCGACCACCUGUUUCGACUACUAAUACUACUACUACUAAUAGAAAUAAUAGUAGUCAUAGUAGCAACAAUACUAGAUGAUAUUUUUAGGAAACACUUUCUUCUUUUUCUUUUCUUUUUAACACCAUUUCCCUUAUUACGUAAUAGUUAUCAAUAUUGAAAGCAGCACAAACUACCAAAGUUUUCUCCGCUUACAACAUGUUUUACUCAAUAACAACAAAAAAAGUAAAAAAGAAAGAAAGCUCAUCGCUUAUAUCAACUUUCAUGCCUGUGCAAUAUAUCUAUUCUCAAUGCAUUUAUAUUGUUUUAUUUGCCUUCAUUUUUUUGUCUGAUUUCUCCGUU